CCAGAAGAGUCCGAACACGCUCGAUCGUUGCCGUCAUGCAAAGCUGUCCAUCAGAGAGUCCCUGGAAGUUCUUACUUAGUGCUUUUGUUUUGAAAUCGGUUGCUAAAACAGCGCGAUCCGCCACGGAUCCGAUUCUCGAGAUCCUUGCAGGGGCAGAAGAAGAGGGAAGGCAGGAGAUGACAGCACGAGCCACGAGCAUACUCGUGCCACCAUAUAAAAAUGGUGGUACUGGUAGCAGUCACCCUCUUCAAAGUGCCGUUCUCUUCCCAACCAACAUCCCUUCCCGUCCCUUCUCCAAGAAAACCAGGCUGGCCAGAAAGCACGAUGCCUUCGGUGAGUUGCUCGAUUUGUUGUGCCUUCGCCUCCAUGAUGUCCAGAUACCCCCGUGUCAUCCGAGUUUCUUCGUUCUUGAUUCUCUCCUUUGUUCCUCCUCCCCGUUGCAUGCCGGUGGUCGUGAAGAUUCGAUUCGAGGGGCAGAGAUCCGGUGCCGGAACCAGGGGGGGUGGGUCCUCCGCAUCGAUCGAGCUGACGGCUCGUGUUGGUAUCGGUUCAAUCAAUAGCUUGAUGAGGGCAUCAGUCACGAACGGUCACGUCGUGACCGUUCGUGACUCGACCGUCGUUUU